AUGCACUCGCCUCGUUCUACCACCGACUCUAUCGGGCAGGAAGUCCGCACGGACACGGCGCUGGAAGUCCGACCCCAUAGGAAGGGCAGCAUCGGCGCGCUCAAGGAAUUCUACCUGCGGCGGCUCUCGCAAAGCGACGCUGCCCGGAGCCUCCGCACUUCCAGCUUCAGCCCCCGCACCAGGACCAGAGACUCAGAGGUCGAGAGCGAGAGGAGCUACCCCAAGGAUGGUGGAUGGCGGAGCCUUGAGAAGCUUGAUGGUGGGCUGUCCAAAGUUGUGCCCCGAAUCGAGAUGCUGAAUGCCAAGCUAACGAGCAUGCGCGCCGCUCUUGAGACAAGGAUUUUGGAUGGAAAUUGCCAGAACAAUGCGCUACGGCACCUGACCCAGCUCAGGUACCACGUGGAGAGCGCGCUGAAGUGGAGCCCCGGACUCGGCGCCCAAAUCUGCGAGCACACCAUCGAGCAGGUGAAGCAACUCACCGGCAUCGCGCGGGUGCUGGGGGCGGCCAUCUACGUGUUUUCCAAGCGGACGGAGAACAUCAUCUUGCAGAAGGAGCGAGCCCUCCGGAAGACGGAGGCGAAUCAUGCGGCACAGACGCCCAGCUAUCAGCGAUCCAUGUCAAUGGACCUCCUGAAGGGCGAGAUACAGUUCCUGUCGACGUCGAGGACCACGAAAGCCGAAUCGACCGUGGUCAGUGACUUGGACAGUGAGUGUGGCACGAUGUACGCAGACACCAUCGUGACUUGGGACGGGCCAUCCAAUGACGUUGGCAACAUGCAGGAGAUCAACGACGUGUUUGCCUUAAAAGGUGAGGAUGAGCAGAGGCGAUGGUUCUACUCACAGUGCCUCUCAGCCAAGAUGGCCACCAACGACCCGAUCCGGGCACGGAAAGUAUUGAUUUCAGACCUCUACAGCCAGGUGAAGGCAUCGAAGAUCCCGACCAACAAGUGGGCGAGCUUCAUUCAAGAGCAGCUCAUGGCGCCUGGCCACAAAGACGGGGGAUAG